AUGUCAGCCUUGCGGCCUCCCACAGCCUUCGAGAUUUUUCUGCAGCGGCGACAGCAGGCUGCCUCUGAGUCCAACGCAGCCCCUGAAUUACGGAGUCCUUUUAACCCCGCGGCAUCCGAACCUGCGGACCUCACGCAUGCGCUACCGCAGGCGCCGGUGUCGACAUCGGCUGCAGUGGCCGCGGCGUCGGCUGCAGCCGCUGCCCCAGCUGCCUCGGCCGCGACGCCGCGACCCAGCACCUUACGAGCUACUCAAGGUCGACCCCUUCCCAGCAACGGUAACAGUAACAGUAACAAUAAUAGCAGCCCCCAAGAUCGGCCAUCCAGUCGGCCAUUGAUUCGCCGCUCGGCUCCGAACCUCGUUCCCCAAGUCGUCGCGUCACUGCCAAGCCCCCGCGCCUCCGCAGCCGACGGACAGCCUGCCGCAGGGGGAGGAGGCGGCGGCGGUCCGCCACUGCCGUCGGCGCCGCCGUCGACGGCAGUGUACGGCGAGCUGGCGUCCGCGGCCGCGUACCUCGCCUCCGCCGCCAGCAAGCUGGCGAGAGGCUCCAUGUCAGACCGCUCCGUCGCCGCGUCGUACGAAAACCUUGCGCAGGCCGCCGCCGACCUGGCGGCGUCAGCGUGCUUGAUCCGGCCGCUGACGAGUUCUAACUCCGGCGGCGGGCCCCACGGCGGCAGCAACCGCAGAGCAUCCCUCAACCUCCCUACAAAGUUGCCUGAGACGCGAAGCGGCAGCGUCGGGGCGCUGCCACGUGCCGUGGACCCAAUCGCCGCCGCCGCCGCAGCAGCGGCAGAGGCUGCCGCCGGCACCGUCACCGGCGGCGGUGGCGGUGGCGGUUCCGCCGCGGCUGCUGCUGCUGCCGCAACGUCCGCCCACCAACAACAACGACACCAGCAGCAGCAGCAACAGCAGCCGCAGAACAAUCCAGCCGCUGCGCGGUCUGGUGCUGGCGGCAGUAGCGCCGGCGGCCGUCGAGGUGUGAAUGUCCCGAGAUUCCCCGGCUACAACCCGUUGAUCCACCUGAUGGAGAGCUCUAUGCCGCCGCCGCCGCCUCCGGGGUCAGCAGCUUCGCAGCGGCCAACAACCUCAAGCCCCAUCACCCACCAGCUGACAGACAGCCGUGCGUUGCUGCAAUCCGCCGCCGCCGCCGGCGGAGGCGGCAACACCAGCGCCGCGUCGUAUCUUUCCCACCGCCAACGCCGCAGCAGCGGUAGCAGCGCCGGGGCAGGGAGCGCAGCCUUUCCGGCGCGCCGCAGCAGCGCUGACGGCGCAACGGCGGCGGCGGCUGGCGGAGGUGGAGGAGGAAACGGCCCUCUGUUCUACCCCGCAAACCUGUCACGCCUACCGGUGCUUACCAUAGGGCCCGACGGCGAGUAUUUGCCAAGCGGUGGUUUCGGAGCAGCGACGGUAACCCCGCAAGCGGCCGCGGCAGGUGCCUGUAGGGAAAUUUGGUUCAACGACCAGGGUGGUGGCGGCGGCGGCGGUGGUUCCGGAGCAACGUUGCCGCACGGCGGCGGCGCAGGAGCUGCAGUACACCGGCAGCGGCGCGGCAGUGGGGGCGCCGGCGGUACGGCGGGGGGCCCGGGACAGUCGGAGUGGCCGGCGCCGGGGCCGCUUCGUCGCUCUGAGUCCCUUCCCUCUCCCGACCUGGAAUCGGAGGAGGUGGACGGCAGAUAUAACAAGCUCCUGGCGGCGCUACGUGAGCGCGUGUACGCGCGAGGUGCGGGUCGUGUGGCCUCCGUGUUCCGCGACCUGGAUAGGGACGGCAGUGGCAUGUUGAGCCGCAAGGACUUCGCGGCGGCGCUGCAGGCCAUGAACCUGGGGCCCGCGGGGCUGGUGGACGACAAGGUUGUGGAUCUCAUGCUUGCAGCCGUAGACGGCGGCGCCACUGGGUGGCGGCCGCUGCACGUGCCGUACGGCGAUUUCGUCAAUGCGCUUCGCUUCGGGACGCUGCCGUGGCGUGGCCACAAGCGCCCGUGUCGCCACCGGCAGCUGGCGGACCCAGAUCAACCAAUCGGGCCGCCCAAAACUGCGGGAGGGUUGCCGCCGUACAGCCUCGCCUACGGAAACAACAACAACGGCGACAACUGUUCGUCGGGUGGCGGCGGAGCCGCCGCCGCGGCAGGCACCGCCGGCGGCGGCGGCCGUAUCGGUCGCCUUGAUCACAACGGCGAUGGAGUUGUGGAGUGGGCGGAGUUCCGGGAAGCGCUCAGGCGGGUGGGGGAGCAGAACCGGCUGCAGCUCAGCGACCAGCAGCUGCUCAAGAUCUACCAGGACGCUGACCCGGACUUCAGUACGGGCGUGGAUUACGAAGCCUUUGUGGAGGCGUACGGCAGCGCCGAUGGCCCAACCG